AUGUCAGCUCGAGCAAGGAAUUUAAGAGCAAACAAAAAUUCUACCGUUGCAGGAAAUAACAAAUCUAAUUCUAAGGAGCCUAAUCCUUCUAUAAAUGAGGAUUACUAUAGAAGAAUUAAUGUUCAACCAACUGUUGUUGAUACUCCUAUGUCUCCAAGAACUGCUAAAUGGGUUAGGGAAUUAACGCCUGUAUUGGAACCAUAUAACUUUAAUCUAAAUGAGAUUUCAGAUCUAAUUCAUAGAUGCCAUUACGACGCCAAUCAAAUUGAACUGGCUGUAGGUAAUGUUAUUGAGGAUUUUAGUGGUCAUGAAUCAGGUCAAUGGACAAAAGUUGGUAAAAAUAGAUCAAACGGAGGUUCAAAACACAAUAAUGUAAAUGUUACUAAUAACAAUAAUAAUGUUAAUGUAAACAGAAACAAGAAUCUCAACAAUACUCACUCUAUUAAACCUGGUAAACAAGCUAAUUCACAAAACAACCAAAACCACGUUGAAGGUACUAAUACCAACUACCAUAGGUCUACCAACAAGCCAAUUAAACACCAUGGGCAUGGCCAUGGCCAUGGACAUGGUCAUGGACAUGGUAAUGUUCAAACACAAAAUCAGAACCAGUCUUAUCAGGCAAGAGCCACUGGAGACCAUAGUGUACAACAGGAAUCAAGUAAUGGUUCAAAGAACACGAUAGCCAAUGGCACUCAAACUCUAAUUAUCACUCAUGUAAGCACUACAAAGGCAAGCAUUUCCAAUAACCCAGUGGAUAACACUACUACAUGGGCAAAACUAGCUCGCAAAAACAACACAAACAACUCCGCAACAUUACAAUCUACUAGUAGCUAUACCAAGGACAAUGGAAGUGGUUUCGAAGAAUCACAAACCACCAACAAUAGAGAUCAUAAAGACUUUUCAAACAACACUAUAGUUAAAGAAAGAUCAUCGCAGGAUCACUUAGAUCCCAACAUACAACAACAGCAACAGAAUACCCAAAGCGUAUCAAACACCAUUUCAAAGCUUUCUGAUAAGUCUAGGAAAGAUCGAGAGUGCUCCUCUAACAUUACAAACGACAAUACUCAAAGCUCUUCACCGCAGACUUCAAACGUUUACUCAUCAGUGUCAACAAAUGGUUCUGGAAUCACUGCAAUUGAUCUUGGAAUAAAAGUUGGUGGAGUUUCUCCGCCACAUGGAAUCCAAAUAGGUGGUGGAAUUGAUUACAAAUCACAUGGAAUUGGAGUGUUUCUACCCGAGGGUAGAACUGUCGAUCCUAAUGCUAAUGAUGGGCUCCUAUUUGGUAGUUUUGGAGCAGUAGAUAUUAGUAAGGUUUCAGAAAAUCAAAUCCAAAUUAAUGUUGCUUCCGAAAACAAUUCCAAUACUACACCUAAUAAUUCCCCCGGAGUUCCCGCCAACUCUUCAAAUACAAUUGGAGGACAUUCUAGUAACUUUGGAACUUCAAAUAUUGGCGCCAUGUCAAUGAUGACAGGCAUUUCCGAAAAUAAUGGCGGGAUGACUGGUGCCAGUGUAUCUGGAAGUCAUUUAUUGAACGGUUGGAAUACUAGCGGUUCAUCCCCAUCAAAAGAGAAUUCUACGAAUAGUAUGAUGGUAGAUCAAGGACUAUUGCACCAGAAUGCUUCACAGAGAAGUGGCGGAUCAGGGGUUUCUGGAGGAUCUGGUGUAUCAGGGUCUAAUGUGCAUGCUUCUAUAAAAUCUUCUGGUAUUGGGAAUGGUUAUAUUAGUCAUUCAAUUUCUGGGAAUGCAGUUGGUAACUAUAGUAACUUGCCAAUAACAAGUCAAGGAAUGGUAAGUGGUAGUGGUGUUUACUCAUCGAAUCCAGCCUUAUUAUCUGGUAAUAAUGGUAUAAAUUAUAGUGAGACAGUUGUAGGAGGUGGAGCGGGGUCAAAUGGUAGUGGUUCAGGGAGUGCAUCAAGUGGAAACAGUUCCAAUAUGGCCUUAGCAGCAGCAGCAGCUGCUGCUGCCGCUGCAGUAAAUCCAUAUAACUACGCAUAUUUGAACUAUGCAGGAUAUACCGCAAACUUUCCUUACAUGGUUGGAAACACUGCAGCUUUUGGUUUUCCUCAUUAUAAUACGAAACCAAAUGGUCACCAUCAUCCAACUCCAGUUUUUAACCAGUAUUCACAAGGGCCGAGUCCAAGUCAGCAUGGGCUAAACGGAGUUUACGGAAUGGGAGGAACUGGAAGCUCAGGAAAUACAGCAGUUAAUAAUAAUACAACAGGAAAUGUUAUGGUAUCUGAUAGCAUCGGUGUGAAUUACCACUCAUCCAAUAACCAAUCCCCUAUGACAGUGGGUGGAAAUUCUACACAUAAUCAUCAUAUUAGCAACCAAAAUCCGAGCUCCUACCAAAAUAUCCAGUCUAUGCUCCCUCCCGGAAUUUCACACCAACAAAUUAGCCUUGGAAGUCAACAAACAAACGUAAGUGGUAAUUCUUUACAGAAUCAAAUAAAUUUACCAAUGAGCUUCAACAAUAACGGAGUAUCAAAUGAGUUUGGUGUGGACCAAGCAAUUCCUCAGGCGGUUUUUUUAGGACAACCAGGUACUAAUAAUAGUAAAUUGGAUAAUAUUGGAGCUCACCCAGGAGAUUUUAUACAUCACCAAGGCUAUAACAACCACCAUAGUCAUAUCCAAAAUCCUACGUCUAAUGCAAAUAUUAAUUCUCAAGGAAACCCAAAUACUGGAAACCCAAACAGCCAUGCUAAAGGUAAUGGACAAGUUGCUGCUGGUAACUUUCAAGGGAAUAUACAAUAUAUAGGUAAACCAACGGUCUCUGGGUCAAACAAUGCCGUUUCGGGUACUUCAAGUGGUACAAGUGGUAACUCCGCAUCUAGCAACCCUUCAGGCGCUGUAAAUGGGGCAACAGUGGGUACAGGAAUGGAAUUAGCUCAUCAGAGUCAAGGAGUUGGAGGAAAUACAAGUUCUGGAAAUUCAAACAUGUUUCUACCUGGAAGAGCACAGAAUACUGCUGCUCAGGCUGGGCAAGUUGGGUCUGCCCAAUCAAAACAGGCUUCUGUGAAUUUCCCAGGCUUUCACUCAUCUAGAACCAGCAAUAAUUCUGGAUUCCUUCAACAUAACAACAAUAUGUGGAAUAAUAAUUAA